UGGCAAAAUAGUACAUACAGAAAAGGGUUAACAUUGAGGUCUAUUGAUUUCAAUCUUAUUUAUUCAAGGCAAUACAGGCAGCUACUGCAUAAUGAAUAUCAGGAAUAAACAUUUCUUUUAGCUGAAUGGUAUAUACAGGGUUUAUUCGCAAUAUGCACCUGAGGUAUCAGUGCACUAACCAAGCGCAACAUAUCUGAAGAUAGGAGAUGAAAUCACCUGCUAAUUGACAAAAAACAUAACCUUUUGGAAACAUUUAGGACCAAACAUGAACAUCAGGAAUAAACAUUAGCUGAAUGAAUGCCCUUGAAAGGAGUAAAGAUGUAGACACUGAAAAUCACAGGAAGUAAACUACAUGUAUAUGAUGGACCUGGACUAUAUAUUGAUGGAGCUCACAGCAUCAUUUAUCCUACUGGCAUUUGCAAUGACAGGAGGUGAGAGUAGUGCAUUGGCUGCUGGUAAAACAUGGGGCACAAAGGGCUAUGACAACAUUGAAUCUCGACCUUGGGACCCUAAAUCUCCAGUGCCUGAAAUAUUUUUCAAAGCAGGAAAACAAUGUAAUCCACACCCAUACAAACUGACCAUUAACCAACCAAAUGUAUGUAUCACUGAGAAAAGUGUGUUUUUGCUAGUACUUGUACGAAGUAAGAUUUCACAUAUAGACAGGAGGGCUACUUUAAGGAAAACAUGGUUAAGCCCUGGGCUGUUAAACAGACACUUUCCAGAGCAUAACGUAGUGCCAUUAUUCUUGGUUGGAUCUCCUGGGAACAAUACUACAGCACAAAGUGCUUUGGAGAAAGAAGGCACCCUACAUAAAGAUGUCAUCCAAGAGGACUUCAUUGACUCAUAUAGAAAUCUGACACUGAAGACAACUAUGGCGUUCAAGUGGGCACGACUCUACUGCCCACAUGCUCAAUAUGUCAUGGUGGGAAGUGAUGAAGUAGUCGUGGAUGUAUUCAAACUAAUCCCCUUUUUAAAUGCUCAACAAUUCAAUAAGGAUGUACUAAACCAGUUCAGUUUAUGUUAUCUCUAUCCAUGUUGUACACGUGUUUGGCGCAAUCACCCUAAAUACAGUAUCACUAAAGAAGAUUACGAAGGCAGUGCAUGGCCCAGUUACUGCUCUGGUACAGCCUAUGUAGCACACUCUAACGUUAUCCACAAACUCUAUUCCAUGUCUAUUGACACCCCUGCAUUCUUCCCCGAUGAUCCCUGGAUAGGAAUACUAAGUGAGAAAAUAGGUUUAGGCUUUCUGGAUACACACGAGAGCUUCGCUGGUAUUUCUCACAAACAAAGCGUCAUAAAGUCAUUCACUAGUAACACAUAUCUUACCAGCCCUGUGAUGAUAGGCGUCACAGAUUAUGACUUCCCAAAUAGUGUACCAGAAGCAUUAAGAAGAGUCUGGAACAUCAUUAUGGACCACCAUCAAAAUAAUGCUUCAAAGGUUAAGGCGUUUAAGAACAGAUACCACCAGGAAUUGAAUGAAACUUAUAUAGACCCACGGAAGCUGAGACAUAUGUUAGAGCAAGAGAUCUAUUAUCAAAUGGGGUAUAGCUCAAUGGUUAUCAACCUCAUUAUAAUUGCAUUCCUUGCCUUUCUGGCAAAUAAGCUGUACAGCUGGCAUAUUAGAAAGUCUAAUCAGUACCUAGGGAAAAUAGUGAAAGUUGGUACUAAACAUCUAUAGCUCAACGAGGAAUUCAUAAACCCUGUAUUACAAAAAAGAAUUGAUCUGUAUGUAUGAGUAUUAGAUACUACUGAGAGCCAUUAACAAAAAAUAAUGUUGGUUUAUGGUCUAAUAUUGUUGAUUUAAUGGUUAAUAUUGUUGGUUGGUGGAAUAUAUAUAGAAAAAAUGAGAAUGAAUCAUUUUAUAGGAGGAAACACUGCAGUAUUAAACUCAUUUGGAAUUGACUGAAAAAAGUAUAUUUUAAAUUGAUGGGGCAAUAACUUGUAGAAGCAGCCAGGAAAAUGAAAGUUAGUAUUUAUGGCAUGUCAAAGUGAUCUGCUUCGGGGUUAUAAUCAGAUUAGCAAUAAGCACACUGCUCUCUACCACUGCAUCUCGACCCCUUUUUUAUAUACAAACAGGAUGUAAACAAGUAAGAUAUCCUUCAGCAUAGCUUAUCAAGUAUAUAGGUUCACAUAUAUAAGGGUUAUGUAC